AUGACAGCCCAACAAAGUAACCAGAGCUUCAAGCUGGAGAAUCUUUUCAAUGUGAAAGGAAAAGUGGCUCUCAUAACCGGCGGUGGCUCAGGAAUAGGUCUUAUGGCCACACAAGCUCUAUCCGUAAAUGGGGCCAAAGUAUACAUCGUCGGCCGAACCGAAGAAAAGCUCGCCCGCGUAGCAGAGCUAUACAGCAACGGAAUUGGCGGCGAGAUCAUUCCUCUCACUGCAGACAUCACCAAAAAGGAUGAAAUUCGGAAGCUCGCCGAUGAGAUCUCUGCCCGUGAAGGCCACCUCUCUAUCCUCAUGAACAACGCAGGGAUAUCCAGCAAGACGCAAGAAACAGAGCAUGAAAAUGCGGGGAAGUUGCGUGAGUCUCUUUUCGAUGACCCGGCCGCUACAUUUGAAGAAUGGGACGAUGUCUUCCGUACAAAUGUCUCUCAGCUCUUUUUCAUGACCACCGCGUUCCUACCGCUUCUCCAGCGCGGCUCAGAGAAAGAACGUGGUUGGUCCAGCACCGUGAUCAACACGACUUCUAUUUCAGGCAUUGUGAAGGUCUCACAGCACCAUUUUGCUUAUAAUGCCUCCAAGGCCGCGGCUAUUCAUCUGACUAAGAUGCUCGCGCACGAGGUCAGCUCGUCUAAUCUCAAAGUGAGGGUUAAUAACAUCGCGCCGGGGGUUUAUCCGAGUGAGAUGACUGCCGGAGAGAGUGAUGAGUUGCAGAAGAGUUUCAUUCCGGCCGAGAAGUAUGAGAAGAAGGUUCCUGCUGCUCGACCCGGGCGUGAUGAGGACAUGGCUAGCACGGUGUUGUUCACCGUCGCCAAUCAGUAUCUGAAUGGGCAGACCGUUGUUAUUGAUGGUGGCUAUGUUCUUGCCGCUGGAUCUGUAAAUUAG